UUUCUUUCUACCAAAAACCCUAAUUUUACAAAGACCAAUUUUUUUUUUUUUUUUACAUUUUCCCCUAAAUUUAGCUGUAGCUUGUCCUUGCUCUGUAAUGGCGUAGAUUAACCCAUGAGAAAGCCAUUGUAUAGAUUCUCGCAGCUGACUCUGAAGUUUCUGAAGCAGAUUCCGUGAGCUUCUUUGGAUUAUCUUCCGAAUUGUGUUGCUCUUGUCGUUUUUAAUUUUUUUAAUUUUUUUUAAUUAAGUAGUUUCUGUAUAGUUUGAGUGAGUUUCUGAGCUAAUUAGGGUUUGUUAAUUUAGUGGGUUUAGGGUUAAUUACAGUCUCUUUCAGGGUUUAAGGAUUUAAUAGGUAUUUUCUGUGUGGUCUAGUAUAUGAAUGGAGGUAAAAGAAGGGCUAAAUGGUUCUGAGGGCACAGUAAAAAGUGAUGGGGUUACUGAAGGGUACAACAGUGUGGAGCCGAGGGCCGAAAAUCCCGGCGGAUCAACGGCUCAGCCCACAGCGGCGGCGCCGGUAAUUGUGGCGGCGGCGGCGGAGGAGGUGACGAAGGUGAGGAAGAAAAGGGGAAGGCCGAGGAAGUAUGCAACAGAUGGUUCAAUAGUGGCAUUGUCGCCUAUGCCUAUAUCUGCUUCGAUUCCACUCACCGGUGAUUACUCACCGUGGAAGCACGGUGCACCGGCGGCGAGACCGGUUGACUCUUUCAAGAAGAAACACAAGCUGGAAUUUGCAAGUCAAGGUCGAGCGACAGAAUCUGUCCCGGUUGGUGGAAGUUUUACACCACAUAUGAUAACUGUCAAUACUGGCGAGGAUAUUAUGAUGAAGAUAAUAUCUUUUUCCCAACAAGGAUCUCGAGCAAUAUGCGUUCUAGCUGCAAAUGGUACUAUCUCAAAUGUUACUUUGCGUCAACCUAAUUCUUCGGGCGGUACUUUGACUUACGAAGGUCGUUUUGAAAUCCUCUCUCUCACUGGUUCGUUUAUGCCUAGUGAUAACGGAGUGACGAAAAGCCGAUCUGGCGGCAUGAGCGUCUCACUGGCGGGACCCGAUGGCCGUGUCUUGGGCGGCGGUCUAGCUGGGAUGCUAGUUGCAGCGGGCCCCGUUCAGAUGGUGAUUGGCAGCUUUGUACCUCCUGGAAUUCAGCAAGAGCAAAAGACUAAAAAACCGAAAUUCGAGCACACAAUUACAUUUUCGCCCGUCAUUACUAAUAAUAACCCUUACUCUGGAGAAAGAUAUGAACCAGCAGCAGCUUACAGCGGACAAAAGAGUAAUUUCACUACAACAUCUGCUUCCUUCCAUGGGGACAACUUGACAACCUUAAACUCUAUCCAAGGUUUCAAGAUUACAGAUUCCGAAAAUAAUGCCUCGUUGCAGGGAGAAGAUUCUAGAGAGCAGAGCCGCGAAAUAACUUGCUGAAUAAGGUUUUGGUGUUUAUCGUGUUUGUAUUUUAGUUUUUUUUUUUUAAAUGUGGUGUAGAAGUUUUAGGCUCAUUUCUUCUGACCCCUCUUGUAACAAAAGUGUGAUGGCUAGAAUGUCAUUACAGGACAAAUUAGAGCAUGAUUGGAUUAGGUACUAGAUUAGGACUCUCUGCUCGUAGGAUCGUUCGCUCGAUUUAUGCGUUUGUGUGUAAGUUAAUGAUGUAUUAUUAUUAUUAUUAUUACUGUUUCUAAUGUCUGAAACUGGGAUUAUUGUUUCUAAUUGUAGCUUUCAAGACUU